UCACAGGAGCCACCACCACCUACAAUAGCCUCACAGGAGACACCAUGACCUACACCCACAAUACAGGAGCCUCUACGACCUACAUCCUCAGCACAGGAACCAUCACGACCUACGACCAAACAACACAGCGCAGCAGGAAAGUACCAGCAGAUGUCGUCGUCGCCCCGGAGCUUGACACUGGCCACAGUGAAGAGGAGCCGCUGCCCUGGUGGGACGGUGGACAGUGUCGGUGUGAUGGUCGUGAUUGUUCAGCUCAAGUGUCGCCUCCUGAGACGUCUUCCUCUCCGGUAUCUCUGAACUUCUCCUCAGCAGGUGUGGGCGGCACAUGUGGGCGGCGGGCGUGGGCGGCAGGAGGCGGCCAACGGGUAGUUAGUUUCUCCCUGUACGGCGACAACCCAGAAUACUGGGUGGGGCUGGACGACAUACUCUCCCAGGUGACGGCGGUGUACCCUGGGUGGCGGGUGCGUCUCUACACUGAUCCUCGUGGACGUGGUAGUGUCCUGUGUCCUCUCCUAGGACGUCACGCUCACCUUGACGUGUGUGACAUCACCAACUUGCCACCGCCUCUGGGCAACUUGUCUCUAAUUAAUCCCAUGAUGUGGCGACUCGCUCCUCUUGGCGACUUCCAGGUGGCGGCGAUCAUGGUGCGAGAUUCUGACUCACAGAUAAUAGAUCGUGAAGUGGAAGCAGUGAGGGCGUGGUGGUUGUCUGGACUCCAGUUCCACAUAAUGCGGGAUCAUCCCAAACAUGACUUUCCCAUCCUCGGGGGACUGUGGGGCGCCCGUUGGGACCACGACCAGUCCCCCAGCAGGCACGCCGUCCACCUACUGGCCGCCCUCAGAGACAAUAUGAUCAUAAGAGCUAAAAACGAACACAAGUAUGGUGACGAUCAGGACAUAUUGAGGGAUAUGCUGUGGCCGUUCAUGGCUGGCCACGUGUUGACCCACGACAGUUACUGGUGCGGGGAGUAUGAGGCGGACACUUCCCCCUGGCCAACACGCCGCGUCGAUGGUCUCUUUGUUGGGCUAAGGAGGUACAAGAAAAAGUUCCACGACGAGAAAAUCCCAGACAAGUGUCCAGUUAAGUGUCGGCCAGCAGAUCACCGUGACUGGCUCUACUGCUGACAGUCACCGCCCCUCUCUCACCACGAACAGUAACAGGUCACGAGUCAUCAGGAGUCCUCUGUGGUGUAUUGCUGCAGAUGGUCGUGAAGUGAUGAUGACCGUGUAAUGGCAGCUGUGCCUGGAGCUGCACUGUCUUCGGAAACAAUAGUGUUGAUGACAGCUUUACUCUUAAGAAACAACACUACUACUACUACUUUGCUGUCACUCGGAAUCGAGUAUGACGAUCAUCCAGCUAUGAUAAA